AUGCUUCGGGAAAAUGGCUUGGCACAAACUCCAUAUAUUGAUAAAUUAGAGACUCUUAGUCAAGCAUCUAUCCCAGAAAUACCUGUGUACAAACCUACAGUCGCUGAAUUUGAGGACUUCAGCAAAUGUAUUUCUAUGAUAGAGUCUCUCGGUGCUCAUCAUGUAGGACUUUGUAAAGUGAUACCACCGGCAAACUGGGUUGGGCGUCGCAAUGGAUAUGACGACAUUGGUGAAUGUGUGGUGGAAAAACCUAUAUGUCAGAGCACAUAUGGCGGUCGUGGCAUUUAUUUGCAGGAUAUAUCACCCAGAAAAAGUCUUAAGUUCAGUGACUUUAAAAAUAUUGCGUUAUCAAAUGUGUACUGCACCCCAAAGCACAGAGACUUCGACCAUCUUGAAAGAAAAUACUGGUCGUCGAUUGGCACUAGUCGUCCAUUGUAUGGUGCUAACGUUAGUGGAACACUUAUGGAUAUUGACCAGCGUAUUUGGAACAUUGCAAAACUCGACUCGGUACUGAGUAGGGUUUUCAAAGAAGAGGGUGUGCAAAUACCAGGUGUGAAUACUCCAUAUUUGUAUUAUGGGAUGUGGCGAUCUACGUUUCCAUGGCAUGUUGAAGAUGUAGAUUUGUAUUCUAUAAAUUACCUGCAUUACGGCCUUCCAAAGUGCUGGUACGUCAUACCUCCGGCUUUCGCACGUAAAUUUGAAGCUUUUGUUUCCGAAUAUUUUAGGUCAGAAUUCUUGAAAUGCCAAUGUUUUUUAAGGCACAAGUGUGUUUUAAUUAGUCCUACAGUUCUUUCCCAAUCUGGGAUCCCAACCAAAAAAAUUCUACAACACGAGGGUGAAUUUAUGAUAACUUUUCCCUAUGCUUAUCAUUCCGGUUUCAAUAUGGGUUUAAACAUUGCUGAAUCAACAAACUUUGCACUUGCUAGAUGGAUAGAAUACGGAAAACACGCCAAAAUAUGUACCUGUUGGGAUGAUACAGUUAAAAUAUGCAUGGAUCCUUUUGUGAAAAGAUUUCAACCCGAAUUAUUUGAUGACUGGAAAAAUGGAAAGAACCUGUCACCACAUCCACUGGAUGAAUAUCUCAUGAAAGAAACAGGACACACUGUUGAAAGCAAACCCACGUAUCCAGACAUUUCCAAGGAUUUGUUGGGUAUCGAAAACUCCGAGCUUACGGUCAAAAAUCCUCUUUUUAAACCUUACUCUGCUAACUAUACGCCCCCGAAAGCUGGCGAUCUCAACUCUAUUGAUAUGCGGUACUCUUCAAAAAUGUUUGAAAUGGCUAAAAUUCCUUUCCACAUCGCAACUAACCCUCACUUGUACCCACUCUGGUGUGGAAAUCCAGCUAGUGAACAAACUGAACGAAAUUUCAACAUUUUCAUUGGAAGUCAUAAACCCCAUUGUGCUGUUUGCUCAUUUUUGUGGACUCCUCAGCAUGUUUCUAAGCUCUUAUCCAGUGGAAAUCGAGACGAAAAAAUACCUGCAUAUUCCGAACCGCAUAUACCUGAGGUUGCAUAUCACAGCUCCCAUAAUUCUUCUGUACAGUUUCCUCCAACAGUUAAAAGUCGUAUACUCAGGUGUCUUCGUUGUUGCCUGACUGUACAUGCUAGAUGUUAUGGUGUUCAAGAUGAAAAUAGAUUUAAAUAUGAGUCUUCGUCAAAACAAAACUGUAUUCCGAAUUUGAAAAAUUCCUGGUAUUGUGAUGCUUGUGUGGCGAGUUCAAAGCCUACAUGCGUAUUUUGUUAUAUGCGUGGAGGAGCUAUUAAAGCACUAGCCAACAUCAAUAAUGCAUUUACUGGACGACCUUACUGGGCACAUAUAGUAUGCGCACUAAUAACUCCUGGUUGUUAUUUCAAAGAUGUACCUAAACGAUUAGCAUUUGUUUCUGAAGAUACAAUCAAAUCGGCUAUAUCUUUGGCCGUAUCAUAUUCGGACGGUAAUCAUAAAAGUAUAAUAAAUAAAAUGCAGAGGAUCGUUUCGCCAAAUCGCUUCUCUGAGAAUAUCCCGUUGUUCAAAUCUCCGAAUUGUGUACAUAGAAAUUUGAAGGUUUUACGUAAGAGACCAUCUAAUAUAGAUAGAAGCAUUUUACGAGAAUAUUAUGAACCAUAUGGUCAAUCAAACAAGUUGAACAAUCGCUUUUCAUUAAAGUUAUUCGACACUACUUCCGCAGUUUCAGUUGGUGCUAGUUUUGAAAAAGUAAAACCGUUCAUAAAGAAUAAUGACAAUGAAAUUUCUAGUGUUCCUCAUUCUGACAAUGUUGAUAUACCAGUUGCAGCUGGUGAAGAAAUGACAACAUGUUUUGUGUGUCAUUUACCUGGAAGAGGAUUUCUUCCAUUAGCUUCUUGCUGGUAUGACGAUUGUUCUACAAAGUUUCAUGUUACUUGUGCUCAAAUGGCUGGCGUUGUUAUUGGGACUGAUGUGUAUCCUCGAUUCUUUUAUAUCGCAUGCAGUAAACAUCCUACUAAUUACGAUCAUCCAAAUUUUCACGAUCAUGGUUCCGUUUCCCCAGGAGAUGAAGUAAUGGUACAAGAAACCGGUGAUCCUAUAUUUUCAUCUGCUAUCGCUAUCCGACGAGUAACUCCUUUAUAUUGCCGUAUUUCGUUUCCUGAUGGAACUUUCUCAUCAGAUACACCGCCAGAAUAUUUGACAAAUGUUGAUUGGUUCAAAGAUGGACCUCCAGAAAAAGGAUCACUUGUUAAAGUUUUAUGGGAUGAUGGAAUAGAAUAUACGGGAACAUAUGAAGGUACCACUUCUGAACAGUGGGAAGUCCAAUUGGAAUGUGGAGAGAUUAAAGUAUUUAAUCGUGAACAGUUUUAUGUACAACCGAAAACUAAACAUUCAGAUAUGAAUUUCAAUUUUGAUACCUCAACGAAUGAUUAUACAUGGCCAGUAUCAGGUUUUGAUAAUGAUUCAGUAGUUCUUUCAAAUUCAUAA